AUGCUGAAUGGAGUCCAGCAAUAUCAAGCAGCAUUACUGGAUCACCUAAAACAUCAAAUGAAUGACAUGAUUGAAAGACAUUCUGGCAACCUUGAUCAACUGAAGAGCGAUGCAAUGGAUAUAUUUGACCAGUUUAGUGACCCUUUCAGUGACAUUUCUACAACUUAUUUGCAGGACAAGAAAAUUACAGAACUGUUGCAACCAGUUGAAGCAGAGCUUGUGGUCUUAAAGAAUUCAGCAUGUUAUGUGAAACGUGGAGAUGCAAGAGUCCUUGCCAUUAAGAGCCAUUAAUUUCAUUAUAUACCAUUGCUUGAAAGUUUAGGGCAGCUGCCAUUACAUCCAAGAAUUCUUGAAAUGAUUGAAGAAGGGCUGCAACCAUGCAAGUAUGGAUUUGUUCAUGAUUUCAUUGAUGGGGACAUUUUUAAGGUGCACCCACUUUUUUCAAAAUUUCCCAAAGCAUUGCAGUUAAUUGUAUACACAGAUGAAAUUGAUUUAUGUAAUCCCCUUGAAUCUAGGUAACAUCAAUCCUAAAUGCAGAUCAGGACUUGCUGCUAUUUGUUUGCUUGCCAUGGUAAAAUCUAAAGAUCUUUCUAAUAUCGAUAAGAUAUUUCAGAGACCUAACCGUGAUUUAAAUGAACUGUAUGUCGGUGCUAAAGUUUUCACUGCAAAUGGUGAGCAGACAAUUUAUGGGGCAGUUAUGGCUGUGUGUGGAGACACUCUAGCUCAACAUGAAGUUGCUGGAUUUAAGGAAGGGGUAGGGUUUGCAUACAGUAAAUGCAGGCACUGUGAAUGCAACUUUGAAGACAUGCAGGAACAGUUUAAUGAGGAUUUGUUUGUUAAAAGGACCAUGACAAGUCAUAUAAGACAAUGUUGUAACAUUGAAAGGGCAAGCACUAACAAUCUGAAAGAAAAAUUAAAAACAACAUAUGGUGUAAACCGAAGGAGCAAAUUUACAGAAUUUCCUGGGUUUAAUUUAAUUACUCAAACCCCUGAGGACAUAAUGCAUAUUAUUCUUGAGGGUGUAGCGCCAUAUGAAAUCAAAUGUGUUUUAAAGCAGCUAGUGCUUUCAGGGCAUAUGAACUUAGACACAUUAAACAGUGCUAUUAUUGGUUUCAAUUAUUCUCCUCUAGAUGCCAGGGAUAAGCCUUGCCCCAUAUCUGUCAAUACAUUGACAUCGGAUGACAAUAUACUGAAACAGUCAGCUGGGCAGAUGCUGGUUUUGUUAAAGAUCUUACCAUUUCUUUUUGAUACAAUUGGAGACAAUGAUUACACAAAAAUGCUGCAUAAGUUGUUAGAGAUAGUCAAAAUUCUGUUUUCGCCUAUCAUUGCUCUAUCCACUCUUUCAAAGUUGAAGCUCUUAAUAGAGCAACAUUUGAAGGAUUUCAAAGGACUCUUUCCAGAUACAAAUAUUAUACCUAAACAGCAUUACCUUUUACAUCUUCCUUCUCAGAUUAAGGCACUUGGUCCAACAGUGAGACACAUGUGUAUGCGCUUUGAGUCAAAACAUUGUUUUUUCAAACAGUGGGCUUUGAAAAGUAAUUUUAAGAAUAUUUGUAAAUCUCUUGUGAAGCAUAACCAACUAUAUGAAUGUAGUCAGAAUGUGCAAGAGAAACAUCCAAUUGUUGCAAGUGAACUUGAAAUGGGCCCUGUCUCUGAGGUGAAAAAUGUCCAGUAUGUAGAGGGAAAAAUGAGAGACUUCUUUGGAAUAGAGAGAGUUGAAUAUGUUGUUUCUGUAACAUGGAUAAUGCAGUGUGGAAAUAAGUAUACACGUGGGAAGUCUUUGGCUAUUACUAAUGUCAUCAAUGGUACUCCAGAGUUUGGUCUUGUGAAAAACAUUUAUAUUGUAAAUUCAUCUAUGUAUUGUUUUGAAUGCCAGCCCCUCUCUACAGUUGGGUGGAGUAAUCAGUAUUUAGCAUAUGAGGUAGAAGUUCCUUAUCAGGCUCAGGCCAAUAUUUUUGUUGAUGCUGGAAAUCUUGUUGAUUAUAUGCCAUACUACUAUGUGACAUUUAAAAAUAGAAAGUACAUUCCAAUGAAGUAUGAUCUCACAGACAUUAUUGCGCAUCAUACUUAA